UGUGUACAUAGUCCACAACAUGUAAACAUACAGCAGCAGUAGGACACACGCAUGGUGAGCAGCGGAAUCAGCGUCGUCAUGAAUCCUAGACGACCACCCAGAGGACGACAUCGUCGUGGAACAUCGGCUUACAUCAGGAGCACUCGUCAAGAGAGGACUCGGGAAAAUAACCGGGUUCGGGAAAUGCAGAGGAGGUACGAACAACGACGAAGUGUGGACGAUAUGGUUAUCGAUGACGAUUACGUCCACGGUGGUUCUAGCAGUGAUGGAGUGGAGAGGAUUGUGUUCAACAGGGAGAUCCCGACUGCGGCGAUUGAGACAACAGAAGGCCAAAAAACGUGCAGAGAUAGCGCAAAUUUGAUGACUCCUCUUCGCGCGGAAGCUCUCCUGCAAGGGCUGCAGGACUUUCGUGACCACAUGUUCGCGGGUAGCACGCGGCGUGUUAACAACAUUCCUGGAACGGCAAAGAGGUCAAUGCGAGGAACAUCUGUGUUUUACGCAAAAAACUCGAGCUCCGUCGCGACGGAGUUACCUUUGGCGGCGACUGGUCUGCUGGAUAUGAUCACGGUGGUGCUAGCGGGGAAAAAGAAACCGAAAACUUCGGAUCUUGGUCGUCUAUUGGGCGCUCGUAAAUCAAUGAUCAGGGACAUAAUCGACUACAUGCUCGACAAAGAAGAGAAACUUGUCGUCGGGUUUCCUCUGGCGAAAUCUCUUCCUAUCAGUGAAGAGAAACUCGAUUCGUAUAGCGAGAAUGGCGCUAUCCCAAGGUGCUGUUGGAUUCAUUUCUGA